AUGUAUAAUUUUAGAAACCUAAAUGUUAUUUCAUCAAAUAUAUAUAAAAUUAAUUUAACUAAAUUUUUUUCAACUCCAGUAAAAUCUACUAUUCCAGCAAAUUUUCAUAUAUUUGAUAGAAACGUCAAAAGACAUCAAAGAAAUUGGAGUGCAAGGCAACCAGAAUAUAAUGAUGUUCAAUAUCUUCAUGAGGAGAUAGGAUAUAGGAUUGCUGAUAAAGUUUUUGAUUUAACAAAGUUCAAUGAAAAAGUUUUAGAUUUAGGUUGUUUAGGAGGAUUUAUAUCUCCACAUUUAAUAAAAGAAAAUGUUGGAACUAUUGUUCAAUGUGACAUGUCUGAAGAAUUAGUUGAAAGGAGUAAUGUUCCUCCAGAAGAAGAGGAUAUUAAAGUUGUCAAAGUUGUUAGUGACGAAGAAUUAGUGGAUUUUGAAGAUAAUUCAUUUGAUUUAGUUUUAAGUAGUUGUUCUGCACAUUGGAUUAAUGAUCUUCCAGGAUGGUUCAGAAGGUGUCAUAAUGUUCUUAAAGAAGAUUCUCCAAUGAUUGGAUCUGAAAUGGAACGUCUUGGAGGAAUUGGUGCUCAUGUAUCACCAUUUGUUCAACCUCAAGAUAUUAGUCAUAUGAUGAAUAAAGCUGGUUUUGAUAUGGUAACAUUAGAUUGUGAUGAAAUAGAAAUUGGAUAUCCAAGUAUGUUAGCUUUGAUGUAUGAUCUUCAAUUAAUGGGUGAAUCAAAUGCCUCCGUCAACAGAAGUGGUUCAUUACGAAAAGAUACUUUAAUUGCUGCUGAUGCAAUUUACAAAACAAUGUAUGGAAAAGAAAAUAGGUAUCCGGCAACGUUUCAAUUUAUUAAUUUUAUUGGUUGGAAACCUGGUCAAAAUAUGCCACGACCAGCCAAAAGAGGAUCACAGAAUGCUUCACUUAAAGAUUUAAGUGAAAUUAUUGAAAAAGGACCAGAAAAUUAUAUUAAAAAUUAA